AUGCCAGAACUCGCAGGCAAGCAGGUCGGAGACGUGGGCUACGGCCUCAUGGGUCUCACAUGGCGGGCCAGCCCGCCCCCGAAAGAGCAGAGCUUCGAGGCCAUGCGCACGGCGCUGUCUCUGGGGGCCAACAACUGGAACGGCGGCGAGCUGUACGGGCCGCCUGAGGCCAACUCGCUGCAGCUGCUCAAUGAGUACUUCACCAGGUACCCCGAGGACGCGGAGAAGGUGGUGCUUUCUAUCAAGGGUGGGUUGCUGCCGGGGCAGAUGAAGCCUGAUGGUAGCGAGAAGAAUGUGAGGCGCAGUAUUGAUGAGUGUUUGAAGUGGCUCGGUGGGAAGAAGAGCUUGGAUUUGUUUGAGUGUGCACGAGUUGACCCCAACACGCCUAUCGAGGAGACGAUUGGGUAUAUUGCAGAGUACGUCAAGGCUGGCAAGCUCGGCGGCAUCAGUUUGUCUGAAGUGGGUGCAAACUCGAUCCGCAAAGCAGCAAGCGUGCAUAAGAUCGCUGCCGUGGAAGUCGAGUUUUCACUCUUCUGCACCGAUAUCCUCGAGAACGGCGUGGCGAAGGCAUGUGCAGAGCUGGGCAUUCCCAUCGUUGCGUACUCGCCUCUCGGACGAGGGUUCUUGGCUGGCAAGUACAAGAAGCACGAUGACUUGGAAGCCGACUCGAUGCUGCGCCACAUGCCGCGGUUCCAGCCCGACGUGUUCGAUGAGAACGUCAAGCUGGUGCACGCUGUGGAAGGCAUGGCACAGAAGAAGGGCGUCAGGCCUGCGCAGAUCGCACUUGGCUGGGUGUUGUAUCAGAGCGGCAAGGAGGGCAUGCCGACGCUGAUCCCCAUUCCAGGUGCUACCACGUCGGCACGGAUCAAGGAGAACAUGCAGCCGGCGAGGCUGGACGAGUCCGAUAUGAAGGAGCUCGGACAGAUUCUGGAUAAAUUCCCCAUCGUGGGCGACAGGUACCACAAGGAAGCGAUGGCGCUGACGUUUGCUUGA